CAGCAGAGAGGAGUUGAGGGCGAUGAGAGCGGGUACUGCGAACUGCCGGGCGAUGCCGCCGCUGCCGCCGUGAUAUCGAGAGCAACAGUUCCCCAGGAACACCCUUCGUAGACACAGCACACACCCCCCACAGGCACGCACACCCACCCCACAGCGCCCGACUCAGCAGUGCCCCUUUAGUUGGCCCCAGAAACCUGCCUUGUCCCGCCACGCAAAGCUCAGAAGGAAAGAGAGCCUCAUGCCUGAGCCGCAGGGAGCACCAUGGAUCUGACGAAGAUGGGCAUGAUCCAGUUGCAGAACCCUAGCCAUCCCACAGGGCUCCUGUGCAAGGCCAACCAGAUGCGGCUGGCUGGAACUCUGUGUGAUGUGGUCAUCAUGGUGGACAGCCAAGAGUUUCAUGCCCACCGGACGGUGCUGGCCUGCACCAGCAAGAUGUUUGAGAUCCUCUUCCACCGCAACAGUCAGCACUAUACUCUGGACUUCCUCUCGCCAAAGACCUUCCAGCAGAUUCUGGAGUAUGCAUACACAGCCACGUUGCAAGCCAAGGCAGAGGACCUGGAUGACCUGCUGUAUGCGGCCGAGAUCUUGGAGAUCGAGUACCUAGAGGAGCAGUGCCUGAAGAUCCUGGAAACCAUCCAGGCCUCAGAUGACAAUGACACUGAGGCCACCAUGGCAGAUGGUGGGGCUGAGGAAGAAGAGGACCGCAAGGCUCGGUACCUCAAGAACAUCUUUAUCUCGAAGCAUUCCAGCGAGGAGAGUGGGUAUGCCAGUGUGGCUGGACAGAGCCUCCCUGGGCCCAUGGUGGACCAGAGCCCUUCAGUCUCCACCUCCUUUGGCCUUUCAGCCAUGAGCCCCACCAAGGCUGCAGUGGACAGUUUAAUGACCAUAGGUCAGUCUCUCCUGCAGGGAACUCUUCAGCGUCCUGCAGGGUCUGAAGACCCGAACCUGGCUGGGGGUGGGCGGCACACUGGGGUGGCUGAAGUGAAGACAGAGAUGAUGCAAGUGGAUGAGGUGCCCAGCCAGGACAGCCCUGGGGCAGCUGAGUCCAGCAUCUCAGGUGGGCUGGGGGACAAGGCUGAGGAAAGGGGCAAAGAGGGGCCUGGGACCCCAACUCGGAGCAGCGUCAUCACCAGUGCCAGGGAGCUGCACUAUGGACGAGAGGAGACUGCUGAGCAGCUGCCACCCUCAGCUGAGGCUGGCCAGGGCCCUGCUGGUCGAGCAGAGCACUCUGUGACCUCAGCUGAGAAACAUCUGGGCAUCUACUCUGUGUUGCCCAACCACAAGGCUGACUCAGUGCUGAGCAUGCCAUCCUCUGUGACCUCUGGCCUCCACAUGCAGCCUGCCCUUGCUGUCUCCAUGGACUUCAGCACCUAUGGGGGGCUGCUGCCCCAGGGCUUCAUCCAGAGGGAGCUGUUCAACAAGCUUGGCGAGCUGGCUGUGGGCAUGAAGUCGGAGAGCCGGGCCAUGGGCGAGCAGUGCAGCGUGUGUGGGGUCGAGCUUCCUGACAAUGAGGCUGUGGAACAGCACAGGAAGCUGCACAGUGGGAUGAAGACAUACGGGUGUGAGCUCUGCGGGAAGCGCUUCCUGGAUAGUUUGCGACUGAGAAUGCACUUACUGGCUCAUUCAGCGGGUGCCAAAGCCUUUGUCUGUGAUCAAUGCGGUGCCCAGUUUUCGAAGGAGGAUGCACUGGAGACACACAGACAGACCCAUACUGGCACAGACAUGGCUGUCUUCUGUCUGCUCUGCGGGAAGCGUUUCCAGGCACAGAGCGCACUCCAGCAGCACAUGGAGGUCCACGCAGGCGUGCGCAGCUACAUCUGCAGCGAGUGCAACCGUACUUUUCCCAGCCACACCGCCCUGAAACGCCACCUGCGCUCACACACAGGUGACCACCCAUAUGAGUGUGAGUUCUGUGGCAGCUGCUUCCGGGAUGAGAGCACACUCAAGAGCCACAAACGCAUCCACACGGGCGAGAAACCCUAUGAGUGCAAUGGCUGUGGCAAGAAGUUUAGCCUCAAGCACCAGCUGGAGACGCACUAUAGGGUGCACACAGGUGAGAAGCCCUUUGAGUGUAAGCUGUGCCACCAGCGGUCCCGGGACUACUCGGCCAUGAUCAAGCACCUGAGGACGCACAACGGCGCCUCGCCCUACCAGUGCACCAUCUGCACCGAGUACUGCCCCAGUCUAUCCUCCAUGCAGAAGCACAUGAAGGGCCACAAACCUGAGGAGAUCCCUCCCGACUGGAGGAUAGAGAAGACUUACCUCUAUCUGUGCUAUGUGUGAAAAGAGGCCCCACGGUGGAGGGGGAGCGGGAAGCAAGAAAAGAAGAAUUAGAGUGAGAUGAAGUUGAGGAAGGACUGUGCAGGAAAGAAAAAAAAUUAGGGGAAAAAAAGAGAGAGAGAAGAGAAAGGAAA